AAUAAUAGAAUAUAUGUGAGUUUCGAACCCAAGAUGGCUCAGAAGAGGAACUCGAGUGGGCCGUCAUUCCUGUUGCUGCAGCUGAUUAUUAUUGUGGCCUUUGUUCAUUUAACUGUCUGUCCUUUUACAAAAGUGGAGGAAAGCUUUAACCUACAAGCUAUCCAUGAUGUGAUGUACCACCAACUGGACCUGGAUAAGUAUGACCACCAUGAAUUUCCCGGAGUUGUCCCAAGAACAUUCCUGGGACCAAUUUUUAUUGCUGCUCUUUCCAGCCCAGCUAUAUAUGUACUUUCUGUAUUAAGAAUGUCCAAGUUUUACUCCCAGCUGAUAGUCCGAGGAAGCUUGGGGCUUAGUGUGAUCUACACGUUAUGGAAGUUGCAAAAAGAAGUUAGAAAGCAGUUUGGAGCAACUACAUCAACAGUCUUCUGUCUCAUCACUGUUACUCAGUUUCAUUUGAUGUUUUACUGUACGCGAACCCUCCCUAAUGUGUUUGCGCUUCCUAUUG